UUAUUUGUGUCACAAUCAAUUCCACUUUCUUAGAACAAGAAGCUGGUGAUUUUGAAGCAAAAUCUCCAAUAAAAUAUCACCUCAGCAUCUUCGCAUCUCUCCGUGGAAUCUCUUUUCCUCUACUUGCACGACAGCUACACACACACAUAUAUGGCGGCUAAUUAAUUUGGUUCUUGCCCACUUCUUGUUAUACAUGCUGGAAAGAGAAAAAAAUAUCAUAUAAAUAUAGUGAUAUAACGUCACAUUUCUGGGUUGUGGAUUGUGGGCUGUGCUUCAUCCUGGUCAGUUGAUUUGGUGAACAGAAAAUGGUUGAUAAUGAGAGGAAUUUUACGGAAAAGAAAUCUCAUUGUAUAUCAGAUGUGGAUCCGAGGUCGUGUUCUUCAUCAAAGGAAGGGAAAGGGAAGCAAUUGUGGAAGAAGGUGAGGUACCGGUUGGUGGAGUACCAUUCAUUGCCUGGAUAUUUGAAGGACAAUGAGUAUAUUCUCCGUCAUUAUAGAUCUGAAUGGCCUUUGAAGCAAACCUUGCUCAGCAUUUUCACAAUUCACAAUGAGACCCUCAAUGUUUGGACGCAUUUAUUAGGGUUCUUCUUGUUCCUUUGUUUGACCAUUUACACUGCUAUGAACUCUCCAAAAGUGAUGGACCUUUCCACCCUACACUUGCCUGAGGUGCUGAAGAAAGCUGAUUUCCAUAAAUUGCAGAUGGAACUUAGAACUUGUCUCCCAUCAUUGCCAAACAUGCCUAAUUUGCACAGAUUUCAGCGGGAGUUAAAUAUUUCAUUGCCUUCAAUGGAUUAUCUACCAUCCUUAUCUAAUUGGUAUAUUGUGGAACUCCUCUCUAACUGCUUGCCCGAGCGUUUUACCAACAGCAAUCACACUGAUGUGUGUGUUCUGCAUAGCAUGAAGGAUGAUGUUGCAAGCUUAAUAUCACCAGUUAUGGUGAGGCCAAUUACACGAUGGCCGUUCUUUGCCUUCUUGGGGGGAGCCAUGUUUUGCUUGUUAGCAAGCAGUACGUGCCACUUGCUUUCUUGUCAUUCCGAGCGCUUAUCUUACAUUAUGCUGAGGGUUGACUAUGCUGGGAUUGCUGCACUAAUUACAACUUCCUUUUAUCCUCUUGUCUACUAUUCUUUCAUGUGCUAUCCAAUCUUCUGCAAUCUCUACAUUGGGUUCAUUACUCUUCUUGGAAUCGGGACGAUUUUGGUUUCACUUCUUCCAGUUUUCCAAACGCCCGAAUAUCGUGGGAUUCGAGCAUCUCUCUUCUCUGGGAUGGGUGUAUCUGGUGUAGCGCCUAUUCUGCACAAGCUCGUCUUAUUUUGGCACCAACCAGAGGCAAUCCACACAACAGGGUACGAAAUUUUGAUGGGGGUGUUCUACGGUAUUGGAGCAUUAGUUUAUGCCAUGAGAGUUCCCGAGAGGUGGAUGCCCGGAAAAUUUGAUAUUGCAGGGCACAGUCACCAACUUUUUCAUGUAUUUGUGGUGGCUGGAGCUUACACGCAUUACCGUGCAGGACUCAUUUAUCUGAGAUGGCGAGAGGUGCAUGGAUGUUGAGAUUUUACGAGAGAAGUUUUUUGUUGUAAUGUGGUAUGGAUAGUCCAUUUAGGUUGAUUACAUAUAUGCAACGUGAAAGACUUGCCGCUAUUUGUUGUCUCGUAAACUUUUGUCAUGCCAUGUUUGGUGAGGUACUCUAUAGUAUUAGAUAGUACUGAAGAAGAAAAUAAGGUAAAAGUUUAUCUAUUGUGUUGUCCUGUCUGCACACCAAAAUUUUCUUAGUGAAUAGUUAGAUUGCUUGAUGUGUAGAUGUAAUGUCAAGAAGGGAACAUUCUCUUGUUAAAUGAUGAAAUUUGUGCUA